CAUUUCGAUGUCCUAGUCCAGGAGCCCUCGGGCCGGACGCGGCGAGCUCCCUUCACUCUCCUCGGCUGGAGACAUGAGGACGAGCACCGCUCUGCAGGUGCUGGGCUUCCUCCUCGGCCUGGCCCGGGGCUCCGAGGUGGGCAGCUCGCAGGCAGUGUGCCCUGGGACUCUGAAUGGACUGAGUGUGACUGGUGAUGCUGAGAACCAGUACCAGACACUGUACAAGCUGUACGAGAGGUGUGAAGUGGUGAUGGGGAACCUCGAGAUUGUGCUCACAGGACACAACGCUGACCUCUCCUUCCUGCAGUGGAUCCGAGAAGUGACAGGCUAUGUUCUCGUGGCCAUGAAUGAGUUCUCGACACUACCCUUGCCCAACCUCCGGGUGGUACGGGGGACCCAGGUCUACGACGGGAAGUUUGCCAUCUUUGUCAUGUUGAACUAUAACACUAACUCCAGCCAUGCCCUGCGCCAGCUCCGCUUCACUCAGCUCACCGAGAUUCUGUCAGGGGGCGUUUAUAUCGAGAAGAAUGAUAAGCUCUGUCACAUGGACACGAUCGACUGGAAGGACAUCGUGAGGGAUCGAGAGGCUGAGAUAGUGGUGAAGGACAACGGCAGAAGUUGUCCCCCCUGUCAUGAGGCCUGCAAGGGGCGUUGCUGGGGUCCUGGACCAGAAGACUGCCAAACAUUGACCAAGACCAUCUGUGCCCCUCAAUGUAAUGGUCACUGCUUUGGACCCAACCCCAACCAGUGCUGCCAUGACGAGUGUGCAGGGGGAUGCUCCGGCCCUCAGGACACCGACUGCUUUGCCUGCCGACACUUCAAUGACAGUGGAGCCUGUGUACCUCGGUGUCCACAGCCUCUUGUCUACAACAAGCUCACUUUCCAGCUGGAACCCAAUCCCCACACCAAGUAUCAGUAUGGAGGAGUUUGUGUAGCCAGCUGUCCCCAUAACUUUGUGGUAGAUCAGACCUCCUGUGUCAGGGCCUGUCCUCCUGACAAGAUGGAAGUGGAUAAAAAUGGGCUCAAGAUGUGUGAGCCUUGUGGAGGGCUGUGCCCUAAAGCCUGUGAGGGAACGGGCUCUGGGAGCCGCUUCCAGACUGUGGAUUCAAGCAACAUAGAUGGAUUUGUGAACUGCACCAAGAUCCUGGGCAACCUGGACUUCCUUAUCACCGGGCUCAAUGGAGACCCGUGGCAUAAAAUCCCUGCCCUGGACCCUGAGAAACUCAAUGUCUUCCGCACAGUACGAGAGAUCACAGGUUAUCUGAAUAUCCAAUCCUGGCCUCCCCACAUGCACAACUUUAGUGUUUUUUCCAACCUGACAACCAUUGGGGGCAGAAGCCUCUACAACCGGGGCUUCUCAUUGUUGAUCAUGAAGAACCUGAAUGUGACAUCUCUGGGCCUCCGAUCCCUGAAGGAAAUUAGUGCUGGGCGUAUCUACAUAAGUGCCAAUCGACAACUCUGCUACCAUCAUUCUCUGAACUGGACCAGGCUGCUUCGGGGGCCUUCAGAAGAGAGACUAGACAUCAAGCAUAAUCGGCCCCGCAGAGAAUGCAUGGCAGAGGGCAAAGUGUGUGACCCACUGUGCUCUUCUGGGGGAUGCUGGGGUCCAGGCCCUGGUCAGUGUUUAUCCUGUCGGAACUACAGCCGAGGAGGUGUCUGUGUGACCCACUGCAACUUUCUAAAUGGGGAGCCUCGGGAGUUUGCUCUCGAGGCUGAAUGCUUCUCUUGUCAUCCAGAGUGCCAACCCAUGGAAGGCUCUGCCACAUGCAAUGGCUCGGGCUCUGAUGCUUGUGCCAAGUGUGCCCAUUUUCGAGAUGGGCCCCACUGUGUGAGCAGCUGUCCCCAUGGAGUCCUAGGUGCCAAGGGCCCCAUCUACAAGUACUCAGAUGUUCAGAAUGAAUGUCGGCCCUGCCAUGAGAACUGCACCCAGGGGUGUAAGGGGCCAGAGCUCCAAGACUGUCUAGGCCAACCACCAGUGCUGAGCAGCAAAACCCAUCCGGCAAUGGCUUUGACAGUGGUGGUAGGAUUGGUGGUGAUUUUCCUGAUCCUGGGCGGCACUUUUCUCUAUUGGCGUGGGCGUCGGAUUCAGAAUAAAAGGGCAAUGAGACGCUACUUGGAACGGGGUGAGAGCAUAGAGCCUCUGGAUCCCAGUGAGAAGGCUAACAAAGUCUUGGCCAGGAUCUUCAAAGAGACAGAGCUGAGGAAGCUUAAAGUGCUUGGUUCAGGUGUCUUUGGAACUGUGCAUAAAGGAGUGUGGAUCCCUGAGGGGGAAUCGAUCAAGAUUCCAGUCUGCAUUAAAGUCAUUGAGGACAAGAGUGGACGGCAGAGUUUUCAAGCUGUGACAGAUCAUAUGCUGGCCAUUGGCAGCCUAGACCACGCUCACAUUGUACGGCUGCUUGGACUGUGCCCAGGGUCAUCCCUGCAGCUUGUUACUCAGUACUUGCCGUUGGGUUCCCUACUGGAUCACGUGAGACAACAUCGAGGGGCACUAGGGCCACAGCUGCUGCUCAACUGGGGAGUACAGAUUGCCAAGGGCAUGUACUACCUAGAAGAACAUGGUAUGGUGCAUAGGAACUUGGCUGCCCGGAAUGUGCUACUCAAGUCACCCAGUCAGGUUCAGGUGGCAGAUUUCGGUGUGGCCGACCUGCUGCCACCUGAUGAUAAGCAGCUACUACACAGUGAAGCCAAGACCCCAAUUAAGUGGAUGGCACUAGAGAGUAUCCACUUUGGGAAAUACACACACCAGAGUGACGUCUGGAGCUACGGUGUGACUGUCUGGGAGUUGAUGACCUUCGGGGCAGAGCCCUACGCAGGACUUCGACUGGCUGAAGUACCAGACCUGUUAGAGAAGGGGGAGCGGUUGGCACAGCCCCAGAUCUGCACCAUUGAUGUCUACAUGGUCAUGGUCAAAUGUUGGAUGAUUGAUGAGAACAUUCGUCCUACCUUUAAAGAACUAGCCAAUGAGUUCACUAGGAUGGCCCGUGACCCACCACGCUAUCUAGUCAUAAAGAGAGAGAGUGGGCCUGGAAUACCCCCCGGGGCAGAGUCACCUGCUCUGACAAACAAGGAACUGGAUGAAGUAGACCUGGAGCCAGACCUAGACCUAGAUCUAGACUUGGAGGCAGAGGAGGACAACCUGGCAACCACACUGGGCUCUGCCCUUGGCCUACCAGUUGGAACACUUACUCGGUCACGUGGGAGCCAGAGCCUUUUAAGUCCGUCAUCUGGAUACAUGCCCAUGAACCAGGGUAAUCUUGGGGAGGUUUGCCAGGAGUCUACAGCUUGUGGGGGUAGUGAACGGUGCUCCCGUCCAGUCUCUCUGCACCCAGUACCACGGGGACGCCUGAUAUCCGAGUCAUCUGAGGGCCACGUGACUGGCUCUGAGGCUGAGCUCCAGGAGAAGGUGUCCAUGUGUAGAAGCCGGAGCCGGAGCCGGAGCCCACGGCCACGUGGAGAUAGUGCCUACCAUUCCCAGCGCCACAGCCUGCUUACUCCUGUCACCCCACUCUCUCCACCAGGGUUAGAGGAAGAGGAUGUCAAUGGUUAUGUCAUGCCAGAUAGACACCUCAAAGGUAUUCCCUCCUCCCGAGAAGGCACCCUUUCUUCAGUGGGACUCAGUUCUGUGCUGGGUACUGAAGAAGAAGAUGAAGAUGAGGAGUAUGAAUACAUGAACCGGAGGAGAAGGCGCAGUCCUCCCCGGCCCCCUAGGCCAAGUUCCCUCGAGGAGCUGGGUUAUGAGUACAUGGAUGUGGGAUCAGAUCUCAGUGCCUCUCUGGGCAGCACACAAAGUUGCCCACUCCAGCCUGUGCCCGUCAUGCCUAAUGCUGGCACAACUCCCGAUGAGGACUAUGAAUAUAUGAAUCGGCGACGUGGUGAAGGUGGUCCUGGGGGGGAUUAUGCAGCCAUGGGGGCCUGCCCAGCAGCUGAGCAAGGAUAUGAAGAGAUGAGAGCUUUCCAGGGGCCUGGACACCAUGCCCCCCAUAUCCAUUACACCCGCCUCAAAACUCUACGUAGCCUAGAAGCUACUGACUCGGCCUUUGAUAACCCUGACUACUGGCAUAGCAGGCUUUUCCCCAAGGCUAAUGGCCAGAGAACAUAACCCCUGCUUCCUGAGGCACUCAGGGAGCAUGUGAUGGCAGCUAGUGCCUCUAAAGGGUACCUCUCUUCUCCUUACUCCCUCUCCCUCACGGUCUCAGCCCUGUUUCCCCAGUCCCAGACAAUUCCAUUCAACCUUUGGAGGCUCUUAAACACUGACACAAAAUUCUUGUGGUAUGUAGCCAGCUGUGCACUUUUUCUCUUUCCCAACCCCAGGAAAGGAGAUUUCCCCUAUUUUGUGUGUUUGCCUAGUCCCAUUCCUCAGCUUCCUCAGGGAGACUCCCUGGAGAUAUGAAGGAUCACUUCCCAUGUCCCUUUCCCCCAGACUCUUGAUUUGUUAGGACUAAACUUUUAAGUAUGCCUUUGUUCCCCAUCAGACUGUUCUAAGGAAGAGGAAAGCAGGGACACAUGGCAGAAGAAAAUAAAAUUUCGGUAUAUGGCUCCUAAUCCCCUGGAAAGACUAGGAAGCUUAACAUUUUUGACUGAAUUCAGGGGUAUAUAUGUUUUACUAUUAAUUGAGCAUUUACUAUGAGCCAGGCAUCAUAUUAAAACGUUACCUACAUUAUCUCACUUAGUCCUUUAUAAUCCUUACAAUUCCUUGAGAUAGAUGCUAUGUUAUCUCAUUUUAUAAAUAAGGAAACUGAGCCUUAAAGAGCUUAAGCAAAUUAAGGAGCAGGUCUAGGAUUCACCAUCUUCCCAGUUCCAGUUUAAUGUAAGGGGUUAGGAAAGACUGAUAGAAGUCAGAGCCCUUAUAGGGGACAUGACAUUAUUUUCUCGUUUUUGCACUGAAUCAAUUCUAACCCCAAUACCCACAUCCUCCUCCUCCAUCCAGACUUCUCAUCUCAGGAAGUGUGUAGGGGGUAGUGGGGUCAGAAGGCAGAGUAACUGGACAUCUUUGUGUAAACCAUAACCAACAUGUGCCGGACAGCAUCUUCACUCCUUACAAAGAGCAGAUCACAAGGAUGCCCAACACCCCCUUUUAGAAGCUGUUCUUAUCCAGUUGUGAGAAGCUUCCAGGUGGGGUAGAAAGAAGAUUUACCUUCAGACCUCUUCCCCCUGGAUAGGAAACUGGGGGGAAAUGUCUGUUGUUUUAUUGAAGUUUUUUGUUUUGUUUUUGUACAUGUCAGAAUAAAAAUGACAACGUUUU